AUGAGCCAAGCAGAGAGAUCAGCCUCCAUAAUUAAUUCUACAUUUGUUCGUCCUGCAGCUUUUUACAUCAAUGGCUUCACCGACAUCCCUCAUGCUCAGUAUUACUACGUGUUCCUGUGCUUCGUCUACAUCAUGACUGUUGUUGGGAACGGUUUUCUGAUGUCUGUGAUUUACCUGGUGAAGACUCUUCAUUCUGCUAAAUACAUGAUUGUGUUCAGCCUGGCUUUAACAGAUCUGUGUGGCAGCACUGCUCUCAUCCCUAAAGUCCUGGACACGUUCUUGUUUGACAGGAGAUACAUUGUCUAUGAGGCGUGUUUGAGUUACAUGUUCUUUGUGUGGUUCUUUGCAUGUUUACAAUCAUUGACACUUGUCACUAUGGCCUAUGACAGGUUUGUAGCCAUUUGCUUCCCUUUAAAUUACCAUCGUAUUGUGACUAAACCAGCUGUUGCUGUGAUGCUGCUGUUGACAUGGGCAGCUGUAUUAAGCUUGGUAGCGUGCAUGGCUGGACUACUGGACCGACUGUCCUUCUGUGGGUCUUUGGUGAUACAAAGCUUUUAUUGUGACCAUGGACCAAUAUAUCGUCUGGGUUGUAAUGAUUUUUCUCCAAAUUACAAUGUUGCAAAUGUUGCCUUAAUCACAGUUGUUUUUGGGCUCUUUUUACUAAUAGCACUGACCUACGUGUGCAUUGCUGUCGCUCUGAGCAGGAUCGCAUCAGGACCAGAACGUCUCAAAGCUCUGAAAACUUGUACUUCUCACCUGAUUCUUGUUGCUAUUUUCUUCCUACCACUCAUGGCCACAAAUUUAGCUGUUCUGACAUCCUCUCUUCACCCCAACACCAGGAUCAUCAAUUCCACUUUAACUCACACUGUACCAGCUCUGCUAAACCCCAUCAUUUACUCUUUAAAGACUGAAGAGGUGAAGUUGUCUAUCAGGAAACUUUCAAAAAACAUAAGAUUAAAACAUUACCUUUAUUUUAUUUGACACAUUAAUAA